UCCGCCCGCCGCGUGAUCCCCCCCUCCUAACUUCCCGAACCCUAGGCCCCGGCCGCCACCGCCGGCCAUGGCGGCGCCCCGCGAGCUGGACCUCUCCGACGAGGUCGAGGGCCAGAGGGACGGCACCACCGACUUCGUCUUCUGCCUCGUCGGCGACCCCAUCCCCGUCCUGCCCCCCGCCUCCGCCCCGCUCCCCCUCUUCGACCUCCAGUCCCCUCCCGCGCGCCCGCUCGCUGUCUCGGACGGCCACGCCGCCGUCUUCCUCGCUCACCCCGAUGGGUUUAUCGCCGUGAGGACGAAGGCGUUGAUCGAGGCCAGCGAGGAGGCCAGGGAGAAGGGCAAGGCGAGCACCCGCUGCGCCCAGGACUGCUGCGUCACCGACGUGCCCCUCCCCGGCGUCACUCUCCUAGCGCUCUCCCGCGACCAGUCCGUGCUAGCUGCCUGCACGGGCAGCGAGAUCCAGUUCUUCUCGGCUACUUCCUUGUUCACUGACAAGGAUAUCAAGCCGUCAUCAUCAUGUAGCAUGGGACGAUCUGGCAGUGUCAAAGAUUUCAAAUGGCUAGAUAAUGCCUAUAUUGUACUCUCGAAUGGUGGAUUAUCUCAUGGGAGUUUGGGGCAAGGCCUGAAGGAUAUAAUGGAAAAUGUUGAUGCUGUUGACUGUUCCAAGGACGGGAACCAUAUUGCUGUGGCAAGAAAGAAUUCACUCAGGAUAUUAUUGCCAGAUUUGAAGGAAACAUGUUGCAUGGCCCUCUUGUUUCAGUUGUGGCCUGAUAGUGAUUCAGAGGGCACUGACAUCAAAGUGGAUUCCAUCGGGUGGGUUCGCGAUGAUAGCAUUGUUGUUGGUUGUGUUCGAUUGAAUGAAGAAAGCAAUGAAGAGGCUUAUCUGGUACAAGUUAUAAGAAGCGGAGGAGAUACAUUUUUCGAGAGCUCAAGCAAGCCAGUUGUUUUUAGCUAUGAUGUUUUGAGAGGUAUAAUGAAUGAUAUUUUACCAUCUGGAGUUGGACCAAAUCUGCUAUUGGGCUAUCUGCAUCGCUGGGAUCUCCUGGUUGUUACAAAUAAAAAGAGCACUGAUGAUCACAUUUCUCUUUUAAAAUGGCCAUCUAGAACUGAUGAGGAAAGAACUGUGGUAUACCUCAAAAUGGUGGAGGAUAACUAUAGCCCUAGGAUUGAUCUGCAAGAAAAUGGUGAUGACAAUGUUUUAUUGGGGUUUGGUGUGGAGAAUGUUUCAUUAUUUCAGAAGAUCACAGUACUGGUUGGACCUGAACAGAAGGAGGUUGCCCCUCAACAUCUUCUACUUUGUUUGACUAGUGAAGGGAAACUAAUGAUUUAUUAUCUUGCCAGGAUUUCUGACCCUUCUGAUUUACCUCAAAAAAGUCUGUCUACCAUUGAGGAUACUAAUGUGAAUGAACAAAUUUCUCCUGCAACUGCGUCUAAUAAGCAUCUGACUGUAAGUGUUAUUUCAACUUCACACGACGGCAAGAGUCUGCUCGCAGCACAUGGGACGAUGGCCACACACGACGGCAGCAAGGCGAAGAAAGAGAAGGACCCAGGUGAAUCGUGUAGAAGAUUGUUCAGUGCUGUAUGCAAGAAACUCAGAGAUGAGCGCGAAAAAUACGAUGCUGAGCCGGAAAAAUACAAAGAUGAGCUCACUACAGAUUCUGAAGACUGGACUCUUAUACCUAUAAUUGAAAAGAUGCUGAAUGCUCCUACUGAUUGUGCUGAAUCACCAGCAGAGUACUACAGCAAAUUGACUAAAGAUCUGCAGACGGUAACCAAAAGAAUCAAUGCACGGAAACGUGCAUUCGAGAGAGAUGAUCUGGUGAAGACGCUGCGAAGGUCGAUAUGGGAAAUCUCUCGGGUUGACUCAGCUGACCCAUUUCUCGACAAAAAAAGAAAGACCGAAGCUGUGCAAGCAUGCAGCUGGCUUGACAACAGGCUGAAAGAGCAGGGGUCAAUCUCAAUAUAUGAAGUUCCUCCUUCCCUAACAUGUAAAGAUAUACAAAACUGGAUUGACAAGCUAAACCAAGUGAAAAAACCCAAAAGCCUUCUAAAAGCAUUGGAUCCUAAACAGAGUGAAGUUAUCUAUUUUAACCCAAGCCAAGACGGUGCUCUCGGAAAUUUCGUCAAUUACUUCAGUGAUAGGUUGUCUGAUCAUGCACAGAGGCAGACGUAUCGACAUGGAGAAGACUCCUGCCGUCUAUUGGAGAUUCAGAAGCCAAAUGAACAUCCACCUAGAUGGAUGUUGGUUAACGUGCUGGAAGAUGGUCCUCCAGUCGAAGGAGUUCAUCCAGUCGUGCAUUACUUGCGGAGUGAUAACUGUUAUCUAUCUGCUUUUAGUAAUAGCAAGGGUCAAAUUUAUGAGCUUGUGGAGCAUAACUCUAUGCGAAUGAUCGAAGGUUCUCUUCCACUUGGAUUCGGUAGAGACUAUCCAAGUCUCACGAACUAUGAAAAACCGGAUCCUCUUCCAGAAGGUGUAACUACUGAAGAUAGAAUGUUGGAAAUAGUUCUGAACAUGGAGUAUUUUUCACGCGGCAUUGGAGCGCUGUCAAGAUAUGACCAUAACAUUCUGGCAGAUCAUAAUGUGAGUGAAGCUGUAAAGCAAGAGAUGGUUCGAGAAAUGCUAGAGGCAUUAGCUCGGGAUGCUGUAAUUUUAGCUGAGGUGUCACGCCUUGUUACCCUGUUCCUGUCAGUGAACCAAAACUGGAAGGAGUCGCAUUCCACCCUGACAAAACUCCUGUUUAAGCACAUGAUGCUUUGGGGGGCCUACUCUGUCAAGGUCCGGACUGGUGCGAACAAUUCUAAGGAUGACAAAAUCCGGCUAUUUACUCAAGAAGCAUUUAAGGUGCUUAAUCUCGUUCUUAACGCAAAGGGUCCUGGAGCUAUUGAGAAUAGACCCAUGGCACCUGGUAAUGAUGGCAAAGGAUCAGAUGACUCUGGCGGUGAUGACGUAGACCAACAAACACCUGAAUCAAGUCGUGGACAGCCUGCUAAGGACAAGAAAUCAAAGAUGUCUGGAUCUGGAUCACUUGACAGGUCUGAUGAUAAUCUGGGCGGUGGCCAUGAUGGUGGAACCCAAAAGUUAAAUUAUGAUCAUUGCAGACCGGAGAUAACUGAGACCAGCAAAGUCCAUAUGGCUUUCCUGACAGGAUUGAUCGUUGGCAAGAAUUUUCUUCAGCCUAAGAUCAGCCAGAGCCUCACAAAAAGUGGUCUUGAACUUCCGAUCAUCAGUAGAAGAAGUGUGCAGGCAAAUGGAACUGGUUUGGGUCAGGUGAUGUCAUUAGCACAUGAAACUUCAUCUGGCCCUGUUGCUGGGAGUUCGAUUGAGGAUUAUAUGACCAGCAUACCUACCCCAUCAACAGCAGUUUAUACUGGCCAGACCCUUUUUGAAAUUUUUGCGGUUCACACCAACUUAAGCUUGAUAAGUACCAUUGUACUUUAUGAUGAUCAGGGUGGUACUCUAGUAUACGAGUCAAAUGAAGCAAAUAAGGAAAAGUUUAUUCGUCGGCGCUCCAAGUGGCUGUCAAAGCAUACCGGAAAAAUCGCAGCUGAUUUCACCGAUUCUCUUAUUCUGAGAGGACCGACCCGUCCUAUGACUGCUCAUGCAGGUUGUUGGAUUUUUGAGAUCGAUGUGCCUAUUGAGUCAUCUUUCAGUUCGGAAGAUUCUGAAUUCCCUGAUACAAUAUUUGAGACAACCCUGUGUUUGGAUGACGAUUAUAUGGAUAAUCCACGUUGCAGCUUAAUAUCCAUAAGAGGUGGCUUCAUAAACCUCACCUCCAUUACAUUUACCAAUGCUCUUAGAUCUACAGUUAGGUUUGCUUUUGAUGGUCCCUUGGAUGCCAGUGAGGUCCGAGGUAUACUUACGCUAUCCGUUGAAGGCUAUGACGCCAAAUUUACGAUCUUGAAAAGUCGAGCCCUUGUAUAUCCUGUCGGUCAGACAAAAUUUGAAGUCCGUUUACUUAGACAUGUUUUGGCCCUUCCCGUCGGAUGUCGUAUACAUGUCAAAGGCAACUUGAAGCUUGGAAGACAACAGAGUGUGCAUGUAGAUAAGUACCUUGUACUCGAUAGAAAAAUAGUAGAGGUUGAAUGGCCUUUUGUUCCAUUGAUUAAGGCUCGCAUAUGUAUUGAAGUAUGUGAAUUUCCGUAGUAGCAAUCAGUGUCUUGAUGUGUAAUAUCAGCAUGGCUCCCUAUUGGCAUGUGUAAUAUCAGCAUGAAUAUUCUUGCCUGAAUCUCUGAAGACUUCUGUGUCUGGAUGUGUAAUAUCAACAUUCUUGCAGUAAUAUAUCUCUGAAGUCUGUGUCUGGAUGUGUAA